CUAGAUAACAGCCCCAGCAGUUGGAUCAAGUACCAGCUAGCGCACCACCGCAAACUGAUGGACACCAAAACACUCUAACGGUCUCCUCCACAGCCCCGAAAGACUCUCCUCAGUGGACGCACGUUUUCGCUGAAAGUUGCAGUAGAUGCUCGGUAGUAUGUGAAAAACGUCUUUAGAGAUAGAGACGAUAAAGAGGAAGGCUGUAGGGAGCGAGAGAAGAGGGACGCAGCCUUCCGUUAAUUCACUUCCAGCGCGCAGAGACGGCAGAAGGCACCAUGAGCGUCCCGCUUUACGCACCGACUCCCAUCCAGCCGGCUCAUCCGACACCCUUCUACAUCGAGGACAUUCUGGGGAGGACUGCCACCACAACCACCUCAUCUCCCUCUUCCUCUUCUUCUUCUUCUUCUUCUUCUUCUUUUUCUUCUUCUUCCUCCUCCUCCUCCUCCUCCUGUUCCACUCCACUCAUCCCCACACCGACCCUCCCGUCGCCCAACUCCUCCUUCACGAGCCUCAUCUCGCCGUACCGGACGCCGAUUUAUGAACCCACACCGAUCCAUCCGGCGCUGUCCCACCACGCCGCUCUAACGUACGCCUCCGCCGGGACCUUCGCCGGCUCCAUCUACCCGUUCCACCACCAGCACCACCGCUCCAUGGGAGAGUACGCACAGGCGCUACUGAGGCAUGACCCUCUCGGGAAACCUCUGCUGUGGACCCCCUUUAUCCAGCGGCCCUUGCACAAAAGAAAGGGCGGUCAGGUCCGGUUCUCUAACGACCAGACGAUCGAACUGGAGAAGAAGUUCGAGACGCAGAAGUACCUGUCACCUCCGGAGAGGAAGCGGCUGGCCAAGAUGCUGCAGCUCAGUGAGAGACAGGUUAAAACCUGGUUCCAAAAUCGACGAGCGAAGUGGCGAAGACUAAAACAGGAAAACCCUCAGGGAAGUAAGAGGGACGUGGAGGAAGACAACUCUGCCGGGAGGAAUCAUAAAGGAGAUGAGCUGACCGAGCCUUCCGGGAUUCAGAGCCCGAAGCACAGACACACAGUCCCGGCCUCCGAGCAGGCGCAGACGGGCCGCUGCGUGAGCACCAUGUCCCCGCAGCAGCCCCACACAGAGCUGGACUCUGACGUGUCAGACGAUUCAGACCAGGAGCUGGACAUAGAGGACGACGCCGAGUUCACACUGAACCCCUAGUUCUGAACCACACACGGGCUCCACUGAUACUGGAUCCAGUCGGACAAUAAUUAGGAGCUGGAUGAUGGAGAUCACAGGACCUUCAUUGGGGCUGUUUCACCCAGAAUGACAGACAGGAUGACAGACUGGUUCCUGAUGUUAUAUUUUGGUAACAUUUCAUCUUCCAGCGCCUUUCACACAGGAUUUUCAUCUCUAUUUUACAUGUGUCUUUUUGUAUAUAAUGCAUAGUACUCUGUUGUAUUUGUGUUGAGUGUUUCUGCUCUACAGCAGGGGCGGAUCUGGAGGGGUGGCAUAUGGUGGCACCUGCCACCUAUUAGCGACCUCAGCUGUCAACCCAGUUUAGGGUCAAAUUAUGUCAAAUUUAACUCAUUAAUUCAGUAAUUAAAGUAAGUAAUUAAUUAUUAACAUAGCUGUUAAAAAACUUUUUUAAUUAAUUGUAUUAUCAGUUAAGUCCACAUUUUAGAAAAAAGAAGUCUAAAAUUUCUAAAGAUUUGGAAAUGUGUUGAUUUUUAAUGUUACCUUUAGAUAUUUCUGUUCCGUGCUUUACUAAUGUGCCACAAUACUGUUUUUGAGUUUAAAUAUCUUCAUUUGGGGGCUUUUCUAAACAAAUACUGAUAUAUGUGAUUGUUUGCGAUUAAAUCAGCAUAUAUUUCUGCCACCCUCUGGAUACCCCAUGAAUAUUUAUCUAGAUCCACCCAUCCUCUGCAGAUAAGUCUCUCCUGUACUUUGUGUGGAUGUAAAAUGCUCUUAUGGGCCGCUGCCCUAAAAUGUGAUAUUCCAUUAAAUAAUCAAUGUAGCGCAUUGUAAUGAUGUUUUGUUUGGUAAUAUCUAAUAAACUAUUUUUGUUGUAAGAAUAAA